GUACAAAACAGUUGUCAGAAAUACUGUAAUGUCAAUAUAUCAAUGAAUUUGAUUAUAAAUUUCGAAAUAAUGAGGUGAACGAAUCAUUCCCAACUAGUUUAGUCAACAAUAAAGUAUGGAAUACCACAAUACAAAAUUCUAUCAAAAUGGUGCUAGAAAAUAGUUGUACGAAUAAACAAAUUCCACCAGCAUGUAACAACGAUAAAAGUUCCCUGUUCUUCGAAUAUACAAUUUGAUUGCCUAGAUUGUGAAGUAUUCAAAAGGAAACUCAAAGAAAAUGAACAGACCGUUUCGUCGAGAGAUGUUCUCAUUGAAAUGCUUCAACGCGAGAUACAAAAGAUUCAAAAUUUAUACAAAAGUUCCAUUGACGAUUAUGAGAAGCUCCGAUUCAUUCAUUGUUCCACGGUACACGAUUAUAGUAGUUUGAAGGAAAUUUAUAGGAAGAUAGAAGCAGAAAACAGAAGAUUAUUGGAAGAGAAGAAAACACUAUCCACGCAACUCGAUACCCUCCAAACUCUACAGAAGCAACUUGGACUGAACAAAAAAGAAAAUGGACAACAGAAUGCUAUCGACGAUUUCACCCAUAUCGAAAAUAUCAUGCAAACUCAGAACCACUCGCUCAAGUUAUUGUUGUCCAAUUUUCUGGAAGACUUAAAAAACACAAAAUACGAAGAUUGUGCCAAUAAAUCUUGUCAGGCUAAUCAUACCAGUGUAGGAACUUCAGAGUUGAUAGAUGAUUCAAUCGAUAAUAUAGACAAUCUCAGAGUCGAAGUUGAAAAAUUGCGACAGGAAAACAAAAAUAUUCGCGAAAACCUAACUGCCAAACAAGAGCAUCUCUCCAAGUGUCUUGAAGUUCUGGAGAAAAACCAUCUCGACAUUGGGAGUUUAUCAACUCAUAUAGAAAAAAUAUGUUGCGAAAGAGACAGAUGUAUACAAGCAAUGAAUGAUAAAGAUGAAGAAAUAGCGAAACUGAAAGAUAAACUGAUCAAUAAUCAAAAACCUUCCCUAGAUACAGAGGAAUUAAAAGUGGAAAAAGAAAGAUAUCAUCAAGAAAACAUAAAACUCAAAAAAGUCAUAGAUACCUAUAAAUCAGAUAAUGAACGGAAGGAUGACAUUAUAGAAAAACAUGAUGACGAGAAAGAGCAACUGCAUGAUGAAUUGGGAAAAUAUAAGAGGAUGUCAGAGCAACUACAGCAGGAAAUUGUUAGUAGGUUUUCAGAGAAUGAUAAUACUGAACUGGAGGAACUGAAACAAACCAACGAUUCCUUGCUUGAAGAAAUAGUUAGACAUCUCAAAAAAAUAGAGCAACUCGAAAAUGAUAUUGCAAAUAGCAAAAGUAUAAAUGAGCCGCCAUUACUAGAUGAACAUGAGCACUCUUACAGUAUGUUGUUAGGUGAAAGAGAUAGACUACUGGAGGAGGCGAAGAAGUUAAGAUAUCUAUUGGGCAAUUCUGACUUGAAACAAUUGAAACAAAUGAAUGAGCAGCUACAACAUGAGCUGGACCAAUUGAAGGAGCACCACAACCAAUGUAAAUGUGAUUUGGAAGAAAAACUGUGUCAUCUCGAAUUGACUAAUGUCAAUCUACGAGAUACACCAGCAAUAGUUACUGAUGAGAACAAAUCGAAUCUCAAAGCGAAGGAUAAACUCAAUGAUGACCUGAAGAAAGUACAGAGCGAUCUAGAAGAGAGUGAAAAUAAAGUGAGCAUAUACAAGAAAGAAAUUGAUGAUCGAAGAAGUCAGAAAUCUGGUAGCUGCAGUCGAUUUUCCCAGUAUACACCAAUAACGACUACACCUGUAUUGGAAGAUGUUGAAGAGAAGGGCAAAAAUGAAAAUUACAUAACUGAAUACCAUUUGCAAAUUCCACAAUCUCCAUCUGUUUCAGUAGAACGGAAUAGUCGAAAUAAUAAUUGCCUCGAACCCAUAGAUAUCAAUAGUACUGAACGUGGUGAGGAGACUGUUGGAACUCGGAAAUCAAUAGAAGGAACACAAAGACCAAGUUUGAAAGUCACCCGCAUAUCUGGCCCAAUUCACCAUUAUACUAAACAUUCUUGUACACUCGCUUACUCUCCCUAUUUGAAAACUCCCACUGUACUCACUACUGCAGCUCAGGAAAAUCUGAGUCAAAACUCUGAUCAUCCAAGCGAAAUACGGCGGAGCCAAAAUUUGCGAUCAGUAAGUUCAACACCAACGAAAAUAGCAAACAUUGAAGAAUAUGAUGAUGCACUGAAGAGGCUCAAAGAAAAAAUUAUUUCUCUACAACAUGAUCUCGAUGAAGCCAAGCUUGAAAUAGCGGAAUACGAAGAAGAAAAUAAAUUUUAUCGACAGAAAUUAGAGACCUUGACUAAUGAUCUGACUGCUACUGAAAAAGAGAAUUCCAAGUUACAGAGAAGUAAUCAGGAAAGCAAUCAACGGCAGAGUAAAAUGCUACAGGAAUUUUCUCACUCUGCAACAGAGAAAGAUGAUGUAAUCAAACAACUCAAAACCGAAAUCGACAGACUCACGAGAAGAAAAUCCGAUAUGUCUAGUUAUUUAGAUGAAUCUGAGCAGUCAGGAGGAAAGAAUUUGGCCAUUGAAAAUUUGAAAGCAGAAAAAGCGAGACUGGAACAAGAAAAUGAAAUGCUCGAGACAAAACUCCAUGAACUAGAGAGUGCACUGAUAGAUGCAUCCAAUGAUACGGAAAAGAAAGUGUUAAUUUUAGAAAAGAGAAUUGAACUAUUAGAGGAACAAGAUAAAAAGAAACAGAAACGCCUUGAGAACUGCUGUUAUGAAAUGGAUAAAAUCCAGACAUCCCUGAAUGCAGAUGAUUUGCAAAAAGAGCACCUCGAUAGCGACAUACUCAAUUUGAAAAAUGUAAACAUUGCUCAAGCAAAAGAAAUUGACGAUUUGAAAAAUUCUAUCGAAGAAUAUAAGUUGAUGGUUAACAAUUGUGAUUGUAUGAAUCCAGAGAAGAACUGUGACAUCCGAGAAAUCGAGAAAGGAAAUGAGGAGUUGAAGGACAGGAUAAAAUAUCUGGAAGAAGAGCUGAACAAUAAGCAAUGCAUAAUAGUCAACCUAGAAGAAUGCAUUGACAAUAGCAACAAAAUUUUAGAAGACUGUGAAGACGAAAUUAAGUUGAUACACCAGGAGAAUGAGAGAUUGAAGAAGGAUUUGGAAUUUUUACGAAGAAAUCUAGAAGAACAGACAUGCGAAUCUGAAACCCACAAAACAGAUAAGAACUUACUGGAAGAGGAGAUUUCUAAGACUAGAAGAAGAAGCGAAGACCUAGAGGAAGAAAAUUCUCGAUUACUCAACAAGAACACUGAACAGAAAAAGAUUGAAGAUAAAAUAGCACGAUUACAAGACGAAUACAAUAAUUUGCUGAAAGAGAGUAGAGAAAAAGACGUUGAACUCGAGAAAAUAACGAGACAGUUCGAAGUAUUGCGAGGUUUCUUUAAGCAGCCUAAUAUAAGCCGAGAAGAAUUCUUGAAAUUGAAGGAAGUUUCACAAGAAAUAAAAUCAUUAGUAACCGAUCAGUCUGAAGGCGUUGAUGAAAGAAGAAAGAGUUCAACUUAUCAAACAAAAAUUGCUAAUACUACUAACCAGACUCCUCCUGUCGAUGAAAAUAAAAAGCGCGGAAAUAACGAUGAAGUUAAAUGCUUGCAAUGUAAAAACGAGGAACUAUCCGACCAGGUUGCAGAUUUGAAACAGUUUGUUGAAAAAGUUAUCUCCGAUAAUAAUAAUUUGAAAUUGGCAAUAACCAACUUACUGAACACUGUCAUGAAUAAGAUCAAAUUUCUCACUGAUAGUGGUGACAAUCUGCAAACUUCUACUGCGGGAGACAAAUUAGCAACAGAAGUCUUAUGCUCCCUCCAGAAAAUGGAGAAGACUAUCAGUCAAGAAAAUGAACCUGUCGCCUGCACAUCCUCUAAAUGUAAUUGUAUGGACGUGAUCAAAUCUAGAUACAUUUUGCCCGAGGACAAUCCCCUUUCGGGUCAGUGUAUUCCAUGUGAUGGUGUUUGCAAUAAAAUUAUGGAUGCGAGACAAAUAGAAACUAUCAUGGAUGUCAGGAAGAUUAAAAGUGAAAGGCAAUCUACUAGUCGAAAGUCUGUUCCUUCUUGUGACUCGUGUUGUGAAGGAGCUAUCGAACAAUGUUGUUCAGAAAAAUUCGAUAAUAUUGUUGAAAAAAUUGUAAAGAAAGAAGACAGUGAUGAUGAUUGCGCAAAUUGUACAGCUCCUUGUGCUUUCAAUAGAGUAGACCAAUUCCAGAAGAAUUCUACCCAGUGAAAUAGUGCUGUUUUCAUCGAACCGUCUACGGAUUAUCCCUGGUUAUUUGUCAAACUCGAGUUUAUAAUUAAAUAUUUCCCUGAUGACUUUUUUCACUA